UCAUUUUCAUUCACUGAAUCAAAAAAAAACUUGACUGAAUUGUGGGAUUAGGUCUCGGCGAAUCCAUCGUAUUUCGUCAGAACAAAUUUUCGACUGAAAAUAUAAGAUGUGGUGCAGUACCACAGCGCUGGCGGUGGUGGUGGUGGUGGUGAGUCAGUCAUCCGCCGCCCCCGUGGCGGGCAGCUACCUGGCAAGCGCCCCACCGCAAGUCCCGCGCAUCGGCCGCCGCAGUGACUUGGAGCAGGGUGAAGGGCGAGGAGCCUACAGCCUCGCCCAGGCGCUGUAUUACCUUCUGCCCAGGCACUACCCCAGAGUCGGCCGUAGCGACCCUGCCGUGCCCAGGUUUGAUGUCUUGUUCCGGAGAGAAAAAGAUGAUCAAGACUUGCUGUCGUUGCUUCAGCUCGCACGUUACAUCAAAGGCCACCACCAGCAGCAAGAUGAACUUGGACCUCCUCAACAGGGAGGCUUCAGAGGCAGCGUGCUGGACGAUACAGAAUCCGAGUCUGACGAACGCCAUGUGGCCGCGCAUUAUUCCGACGGUGAUGACGACGGUGACGAGUACGGCGAUCGUCCUGACGUGGGGGACGAUCAGACUGGGUCGUCACUCGGGUUCCCAGGCGGCAAAAGUAACUCUGAUGCUAGUGCCACUCAUGGCCCCGGCGCCAUGUCUCGCGACCUCGCGGUGCCCCUACAGAGGUGCCUGGAGACCGAGUGUGUCGUGCCUCGGGUACUCAUGCAGGCCUUCCUGAAGAUCAUCAUGCGGCAGGCAAGGGACAUCGGUCCCCUGCAGCAGGCGAGGGACUUCGGUCCCUUGCAACAGGCCAGGGACUUCGGUCCUCUGUUGCAGACUAGGGACUUUGGUCCUCUGCAGCAGGCUAGGGAGUUCGGUCCUCUGCAGCAGGCUAGGGACUUCGGUCCUCUGCAACAGGCUAGGGACUUCGGCGAGGGACUUCGGUCCUCUGCAGCAGGCUAG